AUGAUUAUUGUAUCUUCGACUAUAUACAUCAAUUGUAUUCCUGUAUUAAAUAAUAUAUGGACAUUUCAAUCACAAAAUCAAGUACAAACGUUUAAUACAAGUGGAUAUUCAAUUCAAAAACAAAGUCAAACACAAACAUUUAUUAACACUAAUAACAAUGGACAACAAAUUAUACAGCAACAAAUUCAACAACAAAAUCAACAAUUCAAUUCAAUUCAAUCACAAGUUCAACAUCAAUCUAUAAAUUCUGGAAACUUGCAACCAGUAAAUACAUUGCCAAUGAUUAUUCAACAAAAUUGGAAUGAUGGUUUACAAAUUUUAGUUGAUCAAACAGAACAAUCAUUAGAUUCACAGAUAUAUAAUCAACCAAAAUCAUCUAGUCAGUCACGAAAUGACGUUGGUCAUUUGAUACCUGAUCAUCAUCAACAACAACAACAACAAUCAACCAAACUUCCUCAAGAAUCUCAGAAUACUGAAAUACGACGAACACAAGAAAUUCAGAAUGAAGUCAAUUCUCGACAACUCGAUUCAUCGCCACACUCCGAUCAGUCACAUUCCAAUGUUGAUGGUUUGACAUUGGUACAACCACCAUUAUCUGAACGGUUUCGAUCAUUACAAAGUGGUCAAAAUCAAUCAUCACAACAGACACAGCCUAGAGUUGACUCACAACGUCAACUCGAUUCAUCGCCACAAUCCGAUCAGUCACAUUCCAAUGUUGAUGAUUUGACAUUGGUACAACCACCAUUAUCUGAACGGUUUCGAUCAUUACAAAGUGGUCAAAAUCAAUCAUCACAACAGACACAGCCUAGAGUUGACUCACAACGUCAACUCGAUUCAUCGCCACAAUCCGAUCAGUCACAUUCCAAUGUUGAUGGUUUGAUAUUGGUACAACCACCAUUAUCUGAACGGUUUCGAUCAUUACAAAAUGGUCAAAAUCAAUCAUCACAACAGACACAGCCUGGCGUUGACUCACAACGUCAAAUCGAUUCAUCGCCACACUCCGAUCAGUCACAUUCCAAUGUUGAUGGUUUGAUGUUGGUACAACCACCAUUAUCUGAACGGUUUCGAUCAUUACAAAGUGGUCAAAAUCAAUCAUCACAACAGACACAGCCUGGAGUUGACUCACAAUGUCAACUCGAUUCAUCGCCACAAUCCGAUCAGUCACAUUCCAAUGUUGAUGGUUUGAUAUUGGUACAACCACCAUUAUCUGAACGGUUUCGAUCAUUACAAAAUGGUCAAAAUCAAUCAUCACAACAGACACAGCCUGGCGUUGACUCACAACGUCAACUCGAUUCAUCGCCACAAUCCGAUCAGUCACAUUCCAAUGUUGAUGGUUUGAUAUUGGUACAACCACCAUUAUCUGAACGGUUUCGAUCAUUACAAAAUGGUCAAAAUCAAUCAUCACAACAGACACAGCCUGGAGUUGACUCACAACGUCAACUCGAUUCAUCGCCACACUCCGAUCAGUCACAUUCCAAUGUUGAUGGUUUGAUGUUGGUACAACCAAAAUCGUCUGAUCUGUUCCAAGUAUCUGAUUCACCGAUUCCAAAUGUGUCAAAUCCAAUAGUUGAGCAGCAUUCGGAAUUUGACAAUUCAUUCUCUAGUGAACCAAGACAGUCACUCAAAUCUCAGCCAUCUACAGAUUCUCCAUUAUCCGAUCAAAAGCACCAGCGACUACAAUAA